AUGGGCAGACACCGCGUGGCGCUGGUGUCGGACUUUUUCUUUCCCGGGUUUGGCGGGGUGGAGGUACACAUUUACAACGUGGCACAGUGUCUCAUGCGUAGGGGUCACAAGAUCGUUGUUAUUACACGUGCGUAUGGUGAUAGGUGUGGUGUACGUUACUUUACGAAUGGAAUGAAGGUGUAUUAUUUGCCUUUUUUGGCAGCUAAGUUACCUCCGGGUUCAGUGACACUUCCGACCUGGUUUCUGAGUUUUCCUUACUUGAGGUCUGUAUUUAUUCGUGAGCGUAUAACUGUUGUUCAUGGGCAUCAGACAACGUCUAAUCUUUGUCAUGAAGCAUUGUUUCAUGCUGGUACCUUAGGCCUGAAAACGUGCUUUACAGAUCAUUCUUUAUUUGGAUUUGCUGAUGCAGCUUCUAUUCACAUUAACAAGGUGCUAGAAUGGAGCCUUCGUAAUGUUGAUCAGGUAAUCUGUGUUAGUAAUACUUCAAGGGAAAAUACUGUACUUCGUGCUAGAAUAGAACCUGAACGUGUUAGCGUUAUCCCAAACGCGACGGAUACCUCCGUGUUUACUCCUCCAGAGGAUAUGAAGUACAAGUCGUGGGCCUCAAAGAUUGACAAGGAAGGUCUGACAAUUGUAGUUAUUGCUCGGCUUGUAUAUCGAAAAGGAUCUGACCUUUUCGUUGAUGUGAUUCCCGAGAUUUGCAGGAGGCAUCCUGAUAUCAAAUGGAUUAUUGGUGGUGAUGGGCCUCGUAGAUCGCAGAUUCAACAAAUGAUUGAGCGACACAACUUGAUGGACCGAGUUAAAAUGCUUGGACCUCUCACACACUCUGAAGUGCGGAGCGUAUUGAGGCAAGGUCAAAUAUUUUUGAAUUGUAGUUUGACAGAAGCGUUCUGUAUUGCUUUAAUUGAGGCAGCCUCUUGUGGCAUGUUAGGUGUGUCAACGCGGGUGGGGGGUGUACCUGAAGUACUCCCACCUAAUAUGCUGCUAUUGGCUGAACCUGAUCCUGCCUCUAUUACUGCGGCACUAGAGGAAGCUAUUCUUCGUGUUCCAUAUCUUUCUCCGUGGGAAAUUCAUGAGAGUGUUAGACGGUUCUACAGUUGGGACUGGGUAGCGGAGCGCACAGAGCGAGUGUAUGAAAGAAUUUUGGAUAGUAAAACUCCGUCACUUUAUGAACGUUUGAUGAACUACGCAUCAGUUGGAAUGUUGUUCGGAGUUAUAUGCUGGCUCUUGUGUAUUAUAGAUUGGCUUCUUCUUACAUUUCUUAAUUACUGGUUCCCAGAAGAUAUGAUUGAUAUUGCCCCUGAUUUUCCUCUUGAGUUGUACUUGCGCAACCGAGAGAAAUUAAAUGCUCUUGAAAAAGGUGCCUGA